UCAAAAAAACGUCAAAUUUGACUUUUACAACUGCUGUCCAAGGGUAUUUAUAUUACAGGAAAAUUAUUUUUUUUAUAAACCAAUGCAAAAAAAAUUGUAAUUCUUUAGAAAAUAUAUACAAUAUUUUACAUUUUAUAACAUGAGAGAUCCACCCAAAAAUUUGGGUAUAACUGUAACUACUCCAGGCAGUACUGUUACCUCAGGAGCACCAUCUACCUCAGGAAGGCAAAAUAGUUUGGAAGAUAUCAAUCUGGAUCAAUUUUUGAAAACAUCAAAUUAUGAGGAUACUGUUAAGCAAUUGGAUAUAUAUUAUGGCAUUGGUGAGUUUGGCAUUUUUCAUUAGCAAUCAAUAAAUUUU